AUGGAUUCCUUCAUCAUAGCGGCUCUGGCAGUGUGCUCUCUAACGGCACCAGCCUAUGGGGACAAAGGGACAAGCAAAGCCCGGAGUUGUUCGGAUAUCAGGCAGUUUUAUAGCGGGAAAGGAUUCUCUCUGGAUGGUGUCCCCCAGUCUGAAAUAUCAGGGGAGCACCUGCGCAUCUGUCCCCAGGGUUACACCUGCUGUACCAGUGACAUGGAGGACAAGCUGGCCAUUCUGAGCCGCAGGGAGAUGGAGGGACUACUCAAAGAAGCUGGCCGGUCUUUACAGACCUCACUCACUGGACAGUACAAGGCCUUCGAUGGUUACUUCCUGGAGGUGCUAAACCGCUCGGCGAUCAGUCUACAGGAGACUUUCACUACAACUUUCGGACUCCUAUACUCCCAGAAUUCCCAGGUCUUCACUGACCUGUACACAGAUUUGAGGCACUACUACCGAGGGUCCAAUGUCAACCUGGAAGAGGUGCUCAACGAAUUCUGGGCCAGGCUGCUGGAGAAGCUUUUCUACCAGGCAAACAAGCAAUAUUUCAUAGGUGAGGACUACCUGGAGUGUGUCUCUAAGCAGAUAGAGACACUACGACCUUUUGGAGACACACCCCGUGCAAUGAAGAUGGCGGUGACACGCACAUUUGUGGCAGCACGUUCCUUUGUUCAGGGACUGGUGGUCAGUGGGGAGGUGGUACGCAAGGUGUCCCAGGUGCCGCAGAGCCCGGAGUGCACGCGCGCCAUGAUGAGGAUGACUUACUGUCCCCACUGCCGUGGCAUGGCCUCGGCCAGACCUUGUGCCAACUACUGCAGCAAUGUCAUGAAGGGCUGUCUGGCCAACCAGGCUGACCUCAACACAGAAUGGAGGCAUCUGGCAGAAACAAUGAUACAGGUGGCUGAUCGCUUUGAUGGCCCAUCUGGUGUGGAUAGCGUGGUCCUCUCAAUCCCAUAUCGCAUAUCAGAAGCCAUGUUUACCAUGAUGGAGAAUUUAGUGACCAUCAACACCAAGUUGUUCCAGUCAUGUGGCGCCCUCAGAGAGGGAGGAACCAGCAGCACUGGAGUUGACGACACCAUGAAGAGAGGGAAGGUUACAGUGGAGGACAAGUUGGGAUCCAGUUCUAACAAAAUGGGCAAACUGGUGUCUGAUGUAACCAUGAGACUGAGGGACAUGCAGCCAUACUGGGUUUCUCUCCCAGGUGUUCUCUGCAGUGACAGAGUAGCCACUGGAACGGGGGCCGAGGAUAAGUGCUGGAACGGCAUGAACCGUGCCAGGUACCUUCCAGAGGUGAUGGGUGAUGGCCUAGCCAGUCAGAUCAACAACCCUGAAGUGGAAAUUGACAUCACUAAGCCAGACAUGACAAUACGCCAACAGAUAAUGCAGCUGAAGAUCAUGACGCACCGCCUGAAGAAUGCUCUCAACGGCCAGGAUGUGGACUUUCAGGACACCAGUGAUGAUGUCAGCGGUUCAGGAAGUGGCAUGUGCGCCGAUGAUAUGUGUUCCCGGGGCCCACUCAUUGUCCCAGUCACUACCCGACCCAUACGCUACCCGUACCUUCCAGAAAACAGGGAGUCAAAAUCCUCAGCCAGCCACAACCUACCCUGCAUCACCAUUUACCUGCUUUCACUGCUCAUUUUGCUGCUCCGGCGAUAAUUGACAGUGUAAUCUACCAACUGGGACUGAGUUUGGGACUUAGGGGUUGGGGAGAGUCUGAAAGGGGAGGAAGGAGAAGCUUGGGGUUAGUUACUUUGCCAAAACUAAAUAAGUAUACAACAACAACAAAAAAAAUCACUUGGAUGGACUUUUGUUUUGGAUUAGAACAAAAUGGAAUUAUGAGAAUUCAUAAAUGUUUUGGUUCUGCUCUUUUCUUUUAUUUCUUGCUAUAUUAUGACACCGUUAGAGCUGGUCUUUUCACAUCUUCUAAUGUUUCAUUUCUGGUAUUUGGGUUCUCUGAGAUUAUAUCUGUACCUAAGACACGUGUAAGACUAUAUUGUUAACAGUAUGUUGGUGUUGACACCACGGCGAGAGGGAGAAUGGGGCUUUGCGGUAGCACUCAGAUACGUAUAUUUGAUUCCACUCCUUUAAAACAGCACUUGUGUUCAGUAGAAUUAUUUAUUUAUUAAUAACUCAAACAAAAGACCCCAGAGUGGUUUAAUCACUUUACUUUAUUUAUAGAAAUAGUACACAAACCACAGACUUAAAUGAAAUAAAAUAUUGAUGACUUCUACAGGAGGAUAAUCUGGACAGCAUGGCCCACCAGGCCUUUUAAUGCAUUAAGCCUCACAAUAUCAUUACACACAGCAAGGAUGAGAGCUCUCCAUGUCAGCACUUUUUGCCAUUUCAUCAUGUAAGCUGUAAUAAUAACCGUGAUCACAUUCACACUGACAUGAUUGUCUAAUGUGGGAGUAACAUGACCUGUCCGCCACUCCAUCCAUCCACUCAUCCCUACAUUCCUCCCGCCCCUCCCCGCUGCUGAGGCCGAUCUCCCUCUCUCUGCAGACCCGGCUGGCUGUGUAGGAUCAAUUCGAGAGUCUGGUGUAAGCAAAACACAUGCUGGGCCAGGCCAGGUCUCAGAUGACAGCAGCUUCCCACUAUAGAGCACUGUAUGUGGAGCAGGGGUAUUGGUUUAAGAUGGCCCUCACAGCAAAGGAUUGACAGUUCAUGAUUUUGGAAACGUGUAGCAGAACAGAAAUGUACACAGAGGCUGAAACACUGCUGCCAUGUAGCGCUUUUUUUCAGUAUUCUUUUUAUGUGCACAGCUAAGCAGACAUAUAAUAUAAAUCAUUUUGCGUGCUCCCUGCAAAGGCCCAGUGCUCCUGUGAUUAGCAUCAUAAUUGCAGCUAGCAAUGUCAUACGAUUUUGUCUGUUUGCAGCAAUUAUCCAUAUCACAGUAAAAGCCACACCAUGCUCUUUGAAUUGUACUAUUUCUAAUGUAGACACAACAGUGUACAUAUUUUUGAUUGCUUCUUUGUUGUUUAAAAAAAAAAAAAUAGGCAAUUAGGUAUCAAAUUUUUUUAACGGCCAGAUCAUUGUAUGCUAUAACUCUUAUUUCAUUCAUCAUCUGUCACAGUGUAUCCAUAUCUGCCUUUCAUUUUACUGCAACUUUUCUAUAUCAGUGCCUCUUUCUUCCCACCCCCUUCUCCCUCUACCCUUCUCCCUGCUCAUCAAUUAUAAUGACCUUUAAAGCGUUCCUCAUGCUUCUACAUGAUGGCAAGGCAAUAUGACAAUGACACAGUGCUUCAUUAUGUGUCAACCUUACUGGGAAUGUUGUGGGAACACAGUGUAGGGCUUUUUUUUCCGAUGAGAACCUUGCUGGGGGAGGAAACACAUAACAGAUUUUAAUUCAAAGAAAUGUCAAAAGCUCUCAUUUAAGAACGCUGUGUGCAGGAUGAUGGGACAAUGCUUGCAUGGGUAUAUGUGUAUGUGUGUGAAUGUGUGUACUUGUCUUUGAUUGAUAGAGCAAAUGAGGGACGGACGAUAAAGCCAUUAUAAAUCACAUAAAUGAAAUGUAUUGAAAUGUACUGGAAUAACAUUGUGUGACAGAGUGCUAUUCAACUGACAGCAGUUUAAUAUUGAUAUAGCUCAUUUUUCAAAAACAGAAUGUUCAACCUACAACAGUAAUAACUCCCAAUCUGUAUUGAUGGUGUCUUUGCUUUCCAGCAUUGUAUCUAACAGAGAAGUUUUAUGUGGAGGACAGAAAUGGACAGUCACACACUGGGACAAUCCACUAUAACUCAUUUUAUGACAGUUGAUAAUACUGCAGAUCGAAUAAAGUAGUUGGGGACUCUGUCAAAGUUGUGAGAAGAACAUCUGUUCGACACUCAGUUAAUUACUGCUCUCAAAAUGGGUGAAGUUGUUGUCAUUUGUGUUACCUGACAUUGAUAUUUUGAUGGUAUUUUCUUCUUUUUUUUUGACAUUCUUUAUCAAUGAAUGCUAUACUUGCUGCGUGUAUGUGUGUUUGUGUGUGUAUGUCUGUGUGCUGUCUUUAUGUUAGUCCCUGGUUAAGAAAUCUGCCUGUGACUGCCUUUGACACUUUGUCUAGUGUUGGGGUCAAUGUUGAGAUUUAAAGAGAAAGAUUGAUUUCAGAUGUUCCAUUGGGGAAAGGAAAAAAUAACAACACACAUUUUGAACUAAGAACAAUUAAAGAGCACCACAUGGGUCUUCUUUUUGUGGCCCUCUGGAAAUAUCUUAAUAUGAAUGUGAAAGUACACAUUAAGCCCCUGUAAAAAAUGAAAAAUGACUCCAACUGUGAUGGUGACAUUCCAAUUCAAAGACGACUUGUAACUCACAACUUCAGUUUCAAUGACUGCCUCACAAUGUCAUCGGCUGAAAUUUGCACAAGCCCCCCCUCCCCCUCUCCUCCUUCACCUUUUGAUCUCAUUAAUUUGUUGCUCAAAGUCCCCCUCCCUUUUAUAAAACCUGCACUUUUAUGAGGCCAAUAAAUGGCAUUGUCUGCACAAAGACAUCACAAGUUGGUCGAUCAAUACGCGAGUCAACACCUUCCAGAAACGACUAUUGAUUGGGGAUGUGUGUAUGCAGAUAGAUAUGGCCCAGCAAGACGUCUCCUGUUCAACUAUGGUGAAACAGUGUAAACACAAAGCCCCUGUGUGUGAGAAGAGGCAGGAGGAAGGGUUGUCCAGAGUGCUGAUAUCAAAUCAGUCUCUGCGCCUCAACCCUGCUCUCAUCCAUUAGGUGGCAAAAAUCCAAAGCUGAUUAUCCCACCAUUUAAAGACAGCUUUACUCUACACUAAGUUGAAUAUGAGAGGGAUUUCUUAAAGGUGCCAUUUUAUGAGGAAAAAAAACUUUUAAUUUUUUCUUGUUUUUAUUUACUUUGGUUUUGUUGUUAUCAGAAAUCUAUGGAGAGUUUGUGCUUACGGUGAAGAUAAAUGCCAGAAAGAGGUUAAAAAAUAAAAAAUGUCUCAUUUGCUGUUGUACCUGAAAUCUUGUGUCAAUUAUAUACAUUGUAAGAUUUUCAACA